AUGACCGGCAUUUGGAUAAAGUGCUGUGUCUUGGUGCUGUUGGCUUGUGCCCGAAAACUCCUCGCCGAACCCAGAGUGGACGAAGUUGUGGGCUCCAGUGACAGCGCCUCGACACUAGCCUUUGUGUUCGAUGUUACCGGCUCCAUGUACGACGACCUCAAACAGGUGAUAGAUGGCGCCUCCCGGAUCCUGGAAAAAACUCUCAGCCGGAGAACUAGACCCAUCAAGAACUUUGUCCUCGUUCCUUUCCACGACCCAGAUAUUGGCCCCGUGUCCAUCACUACUGAUCCCAAGAAAUUCCAGCAUGAUCUCCAGGAGCUGUUUGUGCAGGGGGGUGGAGACUGUCCCGAGAUGAGCAUAGGGGCCAUCAAGAAGGCUCUGGAGGUUUCCCUGCCUGGAUCCUUCAUCUAUGUGUUUACUGACGCUAGGGCAAAGGACUAUCGCCUCAAACAAGACGUCUUGCAGCUGGUGCAGCUUCGCCAGUCACAGGUGGUAUUUGUGCUGACAGGUGACUGUGGCGACCGUACCCAGCCUGGCUACAGAGUUUAUGAGGAAAUUGCUGCCACCAGCUCCGGCCAGAUCUUCCACCUCGACAAACAACAGGUCAACGAGGUUCUCAAGUGGGUGGAGGAGACUGUCCAGGCCAUGAAGGUCCACCUGCUAUCCUCCAACCAUGAGACCGCCCAGGAGAACCAGUGGGAGGUGCCCUUUGACCCCAGCCUGAAAGAGGUCACCGUGUCCCUCAGUGGCCCCGCUCCACAGAUCGAACUGAAGGACCCUUUUGGCCGCAGUGUUGGAGAGGUGCAGGGGCUAACAGAACUGCUGAAUAUCCCAAACUCUGCUCGUGUGGUUAACCUGAAGUACCCCCGGCCAGGAACAUGGACUCUGAAGACGGGCUGCAGCGGACGCCACACCCUCAGGGUCACAGGGGUCAGCAACCUGGACUUCCGGGCGGGAUUCUCCAGCAUACCUGUGACAGAGUUCAACAACACCAGGGAGCGACCCAUUCAAGGUGUCCCAGCUCAUGUGCUUUUGAAGUGUACGGGUCUGACCCCGCCAGGACUGCUCAGUCACGUGGAGCUGGUUUCAGCUUCUGGACGGCCCCUCCGAAACUUUCCCAUCCCGCUGCCCGCGGACCGCGGCAGCCAUGGGCUCUGGAACGUUCCGGAAUUCCGCACUCCUUCCGAGAGUUUCUUCCUGAAAGUCUCCGGGAAGGACUCAGAUGGAUAUCGCUUCCAGCGACUGUCCACUGUCUCCUACACCAACAUCGUCCCAGAGGCUCCAAUAGUGAGCAUGCCCAUUACUACAAAGGGCUUCUUCAUGCAGCCUGCUGUGAUUGAAUGUUCUGUGGAGAGCGAGGUUCCCUAUAGGCUGAGAUUCACCAGAGGCGGAGCCAGGCUUGGGGAGGAGAAGUUCUUCCAGUUCUCUGCCAAAGCAUCAUGGGAAAUCCCACAUGCCUCUGGAGAGGAUGAGGGCCAGUAUGAGUGUGUGGCUCAGAGCAAGGCUGGACUGGGUCAGGCUCAUACACAGCUAACAGUGAGAGACCCCCCUCCUGUGCUGAAACCCGCCCUGAACGUGACCUCCGCUCCGGGGGGCGUGGCUGUGCUGACCUGCCUGGUGGAGGGUUCCACGCGCCACAACCUGACGUGGUGGCGUGAUGGGCGGGGCCUGGGCGGUCACACGGGCAGAGUCAGGGUGCUGCGAAACACCUCCCUGGAGAUCAGCGGGGUUCUGCCUCACGACUCGGGGGAGUACCAGUGCGUGGCCUCGAACACUCAAGGAGAGAGCACAGCCAUCGUUUGGCUUCUGGUGCCAGAGGCUCCCUCCGUGAUGGUGAUCCCCCGAACCAUGAAGUUUUCUCGAGGGGGCGAGGUCCACUUUGCCUGCACUGCAUCUGGUUCUCCCCAGCCACAGACCUUCUGGAGCCAUGGAAACCUCUUUAUCACAAGCAGACGCAGAGUGUUCAUUUCUAAACAUGGAACGCUGACAAUCAGAGAAGCCUCCCCAGAGGAUGCUGGGAACUACACGUGUCUGGCGUCCAAUGAGGCCGGAACCGCGACCCAGACAGCCUCGCUGAUAUACACAGAAGCCCCUGACAUAUCAGCCACGAGACAGAGCGUGCUUGCAGUUGCUGGAGGAGAUGCUACGUUAGAGUGCCAAGCUACAGGGGACCCCCAACCUCUUGUUAAGUGGUUUAAAGGUGAUCUGCAGGUUGGUAAACCAGCGUUUGCGGAACAGGACGCCCGUCGCGGGACGCUGCAUUUCGGGAAGGUGCAGGAGAGGGACGCUGGGGAGUACCGCUGUGUCGCCAGCAGCUCCGCAGGGACGUCUUCUGCCACGGUCACGCUAGAGGUCGGAGUGGUUCCCCAUUUCUUGGAGACCCCUGGUGAUGUCGCUGCCAACAUUGGGGAGAAUGUGACGUUGCCCUGCGUGGCUCGCGGUUUCCCCGCUCCUACGGUCACUUGGAGUCGAAAGGCCGGGCUGAUGAUCCCCACCAGGCCCGAUGGGAACAGUGGGACCCUGCAGCUUGAGUCCGGGGCGCUGCUGAUCCACAGUGUGUGGCUGGAUGAUGAAGGUCUGUACAUCUGCGAGGCUCAGAAUCCGUUUGGAUCCAUCAGGACAGAGGCCAGGAUCAGCGUCUCUGGCCUGGAACCUCCUCUUUUGGCUCAGGGUGCCUCCAUACUCUCCACUGUGAUUGGUCAGUCCCUCGCCAUUCCUUGCAUGUUAUUGGAUGGAAUUCCUCUUCCAGACAGGCAUUGGACACACAAUGGAAGACCAGUCCAGCUGAAUUCCAGAACCUUCCUCAGGAGUGAUGGCAGUCUGUAUGUUGACAGGGCUAUACCAGAGGAUGCUGGGAUAUAUGUCUGCACAGCCAUUAAUUUGGCAGGGUCGAUGAACAUAUCAGUAACCCUGGAGGUCCACGUUCCCCCAGAGAUAAAUCCGGGUCCUUUCCAUUAUGUCGCCACUGAGCAUGAGGCCAUUACUCUGUCAUGUGACUCCACUGGGGUUCCUAAACCAACUGUCUCCUGGUCCAAGGGAAGGGAGACCCUGUCCCUGAACAAAACAUCAGCCCGGGUGGAUCAGGAGGGUCACCUGCACAUCCUUAGCCCCUCCGAAAAGGAUGCGGGUGUCUACGUCUGCACGGCCACCAGCCCUGUGGGGUAUGCCAGCCAGGAGAUGCAGCUUAGCAUCAACACAAAGCCAAAAAUUGUGGGUAAGAGCAGCAAUCAGCCAGUGAAGAUGGAUGCUGAGGCAGGGUCAGAGAUCGUUCUUCUCUGUGAAGUAGAGGGAAUCCCUACCCCUUUGGUGACAUGGACCAGGGAUGGCCAUCCCAUCCCUCCAAUUACAGCCUGGUUCAGUGUGCUGCCAUCUGGUUCUCUGAAGAUAAGCAACUUACGACUGAUUGAUAGUAAACCGUACACCUGCUCUGCAGUAAACCCAGCAGGCAACGUUUCCCUCACCUACAAUUUGCACGUACAAGCUAAACCCCGAAUUCAGGGCACACCCCCACUGCUGAAAGCUGUGAUUGGUCAGACUGUUACUCUGCCGUGUGUGGUUCAGGGAGAGCCCACCCCUGAGAUCAGCUGGUUUCACAAUGGGACACCUUUGAAGGAGAGUGGGGUAAUCCGGAUCCAAGGGGUCAGCCUCUCAGAUAGGGGGACUUACAAGUGUGUGGCCAAGAAUAGUGCUGGGCAAGAUACUAUGGAAAUUACUCUGGAAGUGUUGGAGGCUCCUUUCUUCCUGGAGGCAGGAAAUGAUGUCAUAGAAAGAGUCGCCAAUGACAGGGUGGUGAUCCCUUGCCCCGCUCAAGGCUCACCCCCUCCAAAGGUGCGCUGGUUCAAAAACGGGCUGGAAAUACACCAUGACCAAUCAGGGAUCGGGGUCACGGUGUCACAGAACGGGUCCCUCCUGAUUGGCUCUACGUCUGCCAGCCAUAGCGGGGACUUCAAAUGCUUGGCCACCAAUGAGGCUGGGUCUGUGGAGAGGAAGACCAGGCUGAAAGUGAAUGUUCCUCCAGAGAUUCAGGAUGACGGACAGGCUGCCAACCUCACAGUGACCCUUCAACAGCCCCUCAGUCUGGGCUGUGAUGCCUUCGGGACCCCCUCCCCCUCCAUCACCUGGACCAAAGAUGGCCGACCUGUGAGCGAUUAUUCUGGGGUUUACCUCCAGAAUGGAAAGAGGCUUCUGAGAAUUUAUCGGGUCCAGAUGGAACAUGCUGGCACAUUUUCCUGCAGGGCUUCGAACAAAGCCGGUGAAGCCAGGAGGGACUACAACAUUGUGGUUCAAGCCCCCCCUGUGAUCUCAGGCACGUUGGGGACACAGGAGCUGGCAGCGGUGGCCGGGCAGGAGGUGGAGCUUCAGUGCCGGGUCAAUGGCCGCCCAGCCCCUAAAGUGGAAUGGAGUCGGGAUGGAGAGGUGUUGUCCAGGAACGGAGACCCCCACGUGGAGUUCCUGGAGCAGGGCCAGGUGAUGAAGGUGAAAUCUGUCCGGCUGAGGGACCAGGGACUAUAUCGCUGCGUCGCCAGCAAUCGCGCCGGCACUCAGAUGCGCCAGUUCAGGGUCACAGUCCAGGCGCCCCCUACCAUCAGGGGUUCCAGUGAGAGCUCGGAGGUGUCUGUGGUGCUAGGCUUUCCCACGAUGCUCCCCUGCGAGGCCGAGGGUGUCCCGGCCCCCAGCCUGACGUGGCUGAAGGAUGGCCAGCCUAUCGUGUCCAGCACCCGGCUGACCUACACCCGCGGGGGGCAGGCUCUCCACCUGGGGGCAGCACGCGGUGAUGACACGGGCCAGUACACCUGCCGCGCCACCAACCCAGCAGGCACUGCCCACAGACACUACACGCUGAGGGUUCUGGUUCCCCCUCAGAUAGAAGCUGAUGACUCCACAUCCUUUGGAUUUGGCAGCAGAGAGGCAAAGGUCCGAAUCAACGGGACUUUGGCUCUGUCCUGCCUGUCCAAAGGCUUUCCUGAGCCCACCAUACAGUGGUACAGAGAUGGACAGCUGCUCACAGGCGAUGCUCACAUUGGGAUCCGGGUGGAAGGCCAUGUCCUGCACAUCGACCACGCCCUCCUGUCCCACGAGGGACAGUAUACCUGUGCGGUGUCGAACGCAGCUGGGGAGGCCAAGAGGAACUUCCACGUUACUGUCCAAGUGCCCCCUGUCUUCCACCGAGUGAACAACGGGCCAGCAGCCUGGGGGCUGGGAGAGGAGGAGGAGGGUGGGGAUGGAGGGGAGGAGAUGACGGAGAGGCGGGAGGUAGUCCUGGGUCACCCCGUCAGCCUGUCAUGUGAGAGCAAUGCCAUCCCCCCUCCCCGUCUCAGCUGGUACCGACAGGGCCGCAAGCUCUCCACCACUGAUGGAGUGGUGCUGCUUCCUGGAGGCCAAGUCUUGCAGAUCCCACGAGCCCGAAAAGAGGAUGCUGGGAAGUAUACUUGCCAGGCUGUGAAUGAGGCUGGCGAAGACCACAUGCACUUUGAACUGGAGGUUCUAGUGCCCCCUACCAUCAUCGGUCAGGCGGAUGACUUCAUGGAAGAGGUCAAGGCAGUGGUCAACAGCACAGUCCUGUUGGGGUGCUCCGUAUCUGGGAAUCCUACACCAGAAAUCUCCUGGCUUCGGGACGGCCUGCCACUGAACAGCGGGGAGCAACUGCACAUCCUGGAGGACGGGAAACUGUUGGAGAUUGUCAGUGUGCAGGUGUCAGACAUGGCAGGAUAUCUCUGUGUAGCGGAGAAUAAAGUGGGUGCAGUGGAGAAGCUCUUCAGUCUGACUGUGCAAGUUCCCCCGAGAGUCAUUGGGCAGAGGGAAGAGCAGAUGAGUGUGAUCCAGGGUCACAUGGUGUCCUUGCAGUGUGAUGUCCAGGCCUACCCUCCUCCUGAUAUCAUCUGGAGCAAGGAUGGAGAGGCCCUACAGUUCAGUACGGGAAUCCACAUCCUGCCAGGGGGUAAGAUUUUACAGCUGCCCCGGGCCAGAGUGCAGGACGCUGGGCAGUAUGUCUGCACCGCCACCAAUCCUGCAGGGCAGGACCAGAAAAGCAUCCUGCUUAGUGUUUAUGUUCCUCCCGUCCUGAAGCCCCGCCGUGACUCUGAGCCAGAGUUUGUGACCCCCCAAUUGGGGACGUUCGUCUCGCUGCGGUGUGAAGCAGAAGGCACGCCGGAGCUCGAGGUCACAUGGUACCGCAACGGGCUGCAGCUGGCUGCCGGAAACGGUCUGAGGGUGGACGGGCACCUGCUGGAGAUCCAGGGAGUGCAGGUAGCUGACAACGGAAUCUACACCUGCAAGGUGUCAAACAUCGCUGGACAAGUGGACAGGACUUUCCGUCUGACUGUUCACGUGCCCCCUGUUUUGAACGAGCCUCUCCAGGAGACCCUAGUCCAAACCCUAGGUUCCCACAUCACCCUGCUCUGUGAGGCCACAGGAGUCCCGGCCCCCAGCAUCACCUGGAUGAAGGACGGUGUUCCUAUACAAAGCAGUGCACAGUGGAGGUGGUCGGUGCGGGGCAGCAGGCUGGAACUCGGACCUCUUCAGCUCUCUCAUGCCGGCACCUACACCUGCGUGGCCAAGAACAGCGAGGGGGAGAUCCACAAGGACUACAGCCUCACAGUGCAGGUUUUUCCCACCAUCCUGGACUCUGGCCAACCCUCGGAGAUCAGCGCUGCGGUGGGGGAGGAGCUGACUAUGGAAUGCCGGGUAACAGGGACCCCCAAGCCCCAGCUGAGCUGGCUGAAGAACGGAGCACCCCUGGACACCACCGACAUGCAGAACUUACACUUGUCUCCUGAUGGGGGCGCUCUGACGCUGCUGGGGCUGCGGCCUGCUGACUCAGGGACAUACACCUGCCUGGCAGUCAGUCCCGCCGGCCAGGAGAGCAAGAUCUACACCGUGUCCGUGCUGGUGCCGCCCUCUAUUUCGGGUGAUGUGGGCUCCCCGCGGGAGGUGCAGGUAGCGCAGGACAGCAUGGUGACCUUGGAGUGCCUGGCAGCGGGGAACCCCCCACCCCAGAUCAGUUGGCUGUGGAAUGGGCGCCCCCUGCUCCUCUCCCCUCGAACCCGGCUCCUCUCUGCAGACACCAUCCUCAGGAUCUCCCCGGUCCAGCUGUCAGACUCUGGGGUCUACACCUGCGUGGCCCGCAGUCGGGCUGGCCUGGCAGAACUCAGUUAUGAUGUGCAGGUGCAAGAGCCCCCGGGCGUGGACCACGUGGAGCCCACCGAGCACGUGACGGUGGUGGAGGGCUCACUGGUGACGCUGACCUGCGAGGCCCGGGGAGUGCCUCCACCCUCACUGUCCUGGCUGAAGGAUGGCCAGCCGCUGUCCCUGCACCGCAACCUGCUGCUGGACGGGCACGAGACGCGGCUCCGCCUGCCCGACGUGAGCCCCGCCGACAGCGGCCAGUACAGCUGCGUCGCCAGCAACCAGGCCGGCAGCAGCACCAAGACCUUCAACCUCACCGUGCUGGAGCCUCCGAAAAUCUCUGGUUCUGGCUCCCCGGAGGAAGUGUCCAUCGCAAUAAACAGUCCCCUGGAGCUGGAGUGUGCUGCAGAAGGGUUCCCCCCUCCCACUCUGAGCUGGCUGAAGGACGGGCGCCCGCUGGAGGGGGAUGCAGUGGUGCUGAGAGAUGGGGGCUUGCUGAGGAUUAGCAAGGUUCAGGUAGAAGAUGCAGGUCUGUACACCUGUCUGGCCAGCAGUCCUGCCGGGGAGGAUGGGAAAAACCACUGGGUUCAGGUUCAAGUGCCUCCAACACUGUUGGGUUCUGGGAACAUCCGGACUGUAUCUGUCCCCACUAAGGGUCACCUGACACUGGAGUGCCAAGCCAACAGUGACCCUCCACCUGUCAUUGAGUGGUUCAAAGAUGACGCCAAGAUGCUGCUGGGCGGGCGUGUCCAGGUGCUGGCAGGGGGGCAGUUCCUCGAGAUUCAGGAUGUGAUGCCAGAGGACAGUGGCCUGUACAGUUGUGUGGUCAGCAACAUGGCUGGCAGCAACAGCCUGUCCUUCACAGUGGAGGUCCUCUUGCCACCGAUAAUCAAGGCAGGUCCCUCAGUGGUUACAGUUCAUGUCAGUCAGGCUGCGGUACUGCCCUGUGAUGCAGAGGGAACACCCACUCCAUCUGUCAUAUGGCGAAAAGAUGGCCUACCAUUGGUCCCCGACAACAGCAGGUUCACCAUCAUGGCAGGGGGCUCACUACGCAUUGGGUCUGCCCAGCUGUCUGACUCUGGACGAUACUACUGCACAGCCUCCAACUCAGCCGGCUCAGAUCACCAUGGAAUGGAUCUGCGUGUGUUCGUGGGUCCAUCUAUCCACCCUGGUCCCUUUAACAUAACCAUGACAACGGGGGUGCGAGCUGUUCUGAGCUGUGAGACCACAGGUAUCCCAACUCCCCAAGUGUCCUGGAAAAGGAAUGGGACACCCCUUGACCUCACAGUGGAUCCUGGGGCCUACAGGUUACUCUCCUCUGGUUCUCUGGUUAUUACCUCGCCGUCCAAUCAAGAUGAAGGGUACUUUGAGUGCACAGCGGCCAAUGAGGUUGGAGAGGAACGCAGGGUCAUCGAGGUCAUUCUGCAAGUGCCCCCUUCUAUUGAAGAUGACAUCACUGCAGUCACCGCCAUCAAGAUGUCGCCAGUGAUCCUCCCUUGCCACGUGCUGGGAAGUCCCGAGCCCAAAAUCAGCUGGAGCAAAAGUGGUGCACAGCUGGGCUCUCGAGGAGGCAGCUAUCGAGUCCUUCCCACUGGGGUGCUGGAGAUCACGAAGGCUGAACCCAGUCAUGCAGGAAGGUAUACCUGCUCUGCCCGCAACCCUGCUGGAGUGGCAUACAAGCACAUCACCCUCACCGUACAAGAACCCCCAGAGGUACGUCCCAUGAAGGAGGAAGUGAAAGUGGUGUUGCAUCAUGGGAUUGUUCUGCCCUGCAAUGUGCAGGGUUUCCCUAGACCUAAAAUCACCUGGCAACGGGAGGGCGUGCCCAUAGCAACAGGUCACAGGCUGGCUGUGCUGCCGAGCGGCGCCCUGCAGUUCUCCCGUGUGACACUAGGAGACGCCGGUGCUUACCAGUGCCUGGCACAGAAUGAGGCAGGCACAGCUGUGGGAAGGACACGUCUUGUCCUGCAAGUUCCCCCGGUGCUCACUGCACCGAGUCUAGAGUACACGGCCGUGGUGGGCCAGCCGGUCAGCCUGCAGUGUGGGGCUGACGGGCAGCCCCAGCCGGAGGUGUCCUGGCUGAAGGACAGGCGGCCGGUGGCAGAGGGGGUCCACUUGCGGGUCUUCUCCAAUGGAACCCUCUGGAUUGCCACCACGCAACGCAGCGAUGCCGGCCUCUACACCUGCUCUGCCAAGAACUAUGCCGGCAGGGCCAGCGUGGACAUCAGGCUCACUAUUCACGUCCCACCCAUGAUUCCAGUUGGUCAGUCAGAGCUGUCAGUCAUUCAGGGAUUCCAGGCACUGUUGCCCUGUGCAGCCCAAGGACUGCCUGAACCCAGGAUUACCUGGGAGAAGGAUGGCACCAAGGUGGCAGCCCUCCUGGGAAAAUUCACCGUUCUGCGAUCUGGGGAGCUGAUCAUCGAGAGGGCAGAGCCAGGUGAUGCUGGUGUGUUCACCUGCGUGGCUGUGAAUGCUGCUGGCUCCUCACGCCAGGAAAUCCGCCUGUCCGUCAACAUGCGACCUGCCUUCAAGGAGCUGCCGGGCGAUGUGACGCUGAACAAGGGCCAGCGCCUAUCCCUGUCCUGCCAUGCCCAGGGCAUGCCCACUCCCACCAUCUCCUGGACCAUCAAUAACAGCCCUUUCCCCGGCCCCAGAGUGGAUGAAGCAGGCAGGAGCUUGGUUGUCAUCGAUAACGUGUCUAUGAGCAAUGCGGGCACCUACGUGUGCAAGGCGGACAACAGCGUGGGCACCAUCCGGGCGCUCUCAUUCGUCCGUGUCAGAGAACCCCCAGUCAUCAGUGGGGAGGCCCACAGCUCCCAAACGGCUCCUCAAGGUGCCACGGCCCUGCUGGACUGCGCAGUCAGGGGCGACCCCACCCCGUCUCUGCGCUGGCUGAGGGACGGCCGGCCCCUGGGCAGCACACUGCGCCUGCACCCCAUGCACAACGGCUCCCUGGCCAUCUACGGAGUAACGAGUGGGGAUUCGGGGGAGUACCACUGUGUUGCAGAGAGUGAGGCUGGCAUGGCAGAGAGGAUCGUGUCUCUGAAAGUGCAGAUCCCUGGAGGGUUUUCUAGCUGGGGGGAUUGGGGCCCGUGCAGUGUCACAUGUGGGCGAGGUGUCCAGGAAAGACUCAGAUUGUGCAACAAUCCUGUCCCGGCCAAUGGCGGACGAUCAUGCGAGGGAAAAAGCACGGAUUCCAGGAGCUGUCACUCCAAACUUUGUCCAGGGGAGGUCCCUCGGCGUGCACGGGGCAGCCUCAUUGGGAUGGUGAAUGAGGAGGAGUUUGGUGUGGCAUUCCUGGAGGCCAACAUUACAGACGACUUAGAGCAGGGCACCAGCAGGCUGGAGGCCCAUGUUGAUGGUAUCCCGGCCAGUGUGGGUCCGCUGCUGCGUGUGCUGGUGUCUGUUUUCGCUCCCAUCUACUGGACCACGGUUCUGCAGACCGGCGCCACUAGGAACGGCUACUCGCUGACCCAGGGGCAGUUCAGACAGGAGUCUCAGCUGGAGUUUGAGACAGGGGAGAUCCUACGACUGACCCAUGUGGCUCGGGGUCUGGACGCAGAGGGGGUUCUCCUGGUAGACAUUGUCAUCAAUGGCUUCAUUCCCCAAAUCCUGUCUGGAUCUCACAUUAGCCUGCAGGAGUUUGAUGAAUCUUACGUGCAGACCGGCCCGGGGCAAUUGUACUCAUGGUCCUCUCAGACCCACCAGCAGGGCGGCGCUCCUCUUUUGCUGCGCUGUAACCACUCCCUGGUGUACGAGGGAAGUCAGGACCGGCAGGGCCCUCUGUUGCAGCUCUUGAGGCUCUCGGACAUCAAUGGGGGCUACAGCCGGUUCACCUUGAGCCUGGAUUUCCAGCUUACUGUGUCUCUCCUCAUUCCUGAUGGUGAAGGAGAAACCUGUCCUCAAGGUUUUGUCCUGGAUGCAGCCUCUUACUGUGCAGAUGAGGAUGAGUGCACUGCCCAGUCCCCCUGCUCUCACUCCUGUAAUAAUGUCAUGGGCGGAUUUUCCUGUGCCUGCCCAUCCGGGUUCAGCAUCUCCCCCCACUCCAACACCUGCCAAGAUAUUGAUGAGUGUGCUCAGGGCUCGCACAUAUGCCACUACAAUCAGCAGUGUGUCAACACUGUGGGAACCUACCGCUGCCAGGCUCAGUGUGGGCCAGGAUUCAAACCCAGUGCCCUGGGAACUAGCUGUGAGGAUGUGGAUGAGUGCCAGGAGUCCUCCUUGUCACCAUGUCAUCAGCAGUGCCUGAACACCCUGGGUUCCUUCCGCUGUGCCUGUCACCUGGGAUACCAGUUGUCUGGUGUCCACUGCUUAGACAUCAAUGAGUGCAAAAGAAACGUGUGCCCGGCCCACCAGGAGUGUCGAAAUACUGAGGGAGGUUACCAGUGCUUUGACAGUUGCCCGGCUGGUAUGACCAAAAUGGAGAGUGGGGCUUGCAUAGAUGUGGACGAGUGUCAGGACGGAAGCCACAUGUGCCGCUACAGCCAGAUCUGCCAGAACACUGUCGGCGGGUACAGCUGUGUGUGCCCCAGAGGGUACCGGUCACAGGGUGUGGGGCGGCCAUGCUUGGACAUUGACGAGUGCAAACAAGUGCCCAGCCCCUGUGCCCAUAAAUGCCGUAAUGUGCCCGGCAGCUUCCGUUGCAUGUGCCCAGCGGGCACCACGUUACUGGGAGACGGGCGGUCCUGCGCGGGGUUAGAGAGGGGGCAGGCCUCUGCCAACGGCACGCGGAUCUUAGCGAGGCUACGGCCGCAGCUGGUCUCCACCCUGGGCCGGCCGGUCCUUUCCCGCCUCUCUGUCCAGCCCCAACAGCACGGCUUCUCCCACACUGGCCGAAAUGGCUGUCCACUGGGGUACAGCCGCAGGGACGGUGCUUGUGUAGAUGUAGAUGAAUGUUUGCUGAGGAAGCCCUGUCAGCACGAGUGUCGGAACACAGUGGGCAGUUUCCAGUGCUUGUGUCCCCCAGGGUACCAGCUCUUACCCAAUGGGAGGAGCUGCAAAGAUAUCGAUGAGUGCACAGUGCAAGGCAUCCAGUGUGGCCCCAACCAGAUGUGCUUCAACACUCGUGGAGGGUACCAGUGCCUGGACACACCAUGUCCCACCUCGUACCAGAGAGGGGGUAGUCCAGGAACCUGCUACAGACCCUGCUCUCUAGACUGUGCAUCUGGGGGGUCCCCCCUCCUGCUGCAGUACAAGCUGCUGACCCUCCCCUUGGGAAUCCCGGCCAAUCACAACGUGGUGCGCCUGUCUGCAUUCUCCGAGACCGGAGUCCUGCAGGACCGCACGGCCUUCACCAUCCUGGAGCAGGGCGGGGACACGCCCGAUGGGCAGUGGUUUGCCAUCCGGGACGAGGCCGGGCGGGGCAUCAUCUUCACGGUGCGGCCGCUGGACAGGCCAGGACUGGUGCGCCUCCGAGUUCAAGCCACCACCCUCUCCGCUCAGGGCCAUGUCACAUAUCAGAGCAUCUUCAUCAUCUACGUUUCUAUCUCCAGCUACCCCUACUGAUCCCAAGGGCUGAGAAUCACUGUCUCCAUGACUAUCAUCCCCACAAACAAACUAAGAGGGAUUAACAUGCCACUUAACAGCAGUUACUUCACAUAUUCCUACACUGUUUGCUGUGUUCCAGAUGCUAGGAGUUAAGACAGGAACAUACUGCCCACAAUAAAAAGAAAAUAGCCGAGUUCAUCCUCAUAGGAGGCAUCAUUGGGCAAGUGUCUGCAAUGUAUGGUAUGCAUGAUUCAAAUAGAAUUGAAACUGCUGGACCACAGUUUUCAUUUUUUAUUGCAAAUCCCAAUGAUAAAAAUGUUUUGUGUUCUUAAAAAAAUAUGUUGACAUCAAAAGUAAGAGUUGUUUUAAUUAUAUAUAACUGAAAUGCACAUCCCAGCUCACACAUAAUGUUAUUAACGUAAGGUAAAUCUGAAAAUGUUUGAGACAAUGCAAGAGUAUUAUGUGUUAACUUGGAUAUUUCUGUAUUUGUUAGGUUUUAUGAUUUGUGCUUUCUGUUGUGGGAACAAGAUUAAAGUGCUAUAAUACUGAAUGUAUUUAUGUAAUGCAACAUUGCAGAUUUAUGAAAAGGUAUAUUACAAAAUAAGGAAAGUUCCACUCAUGAAAUAUUAGUGUUACAUUCUCCCAGAAAUAAAAUGGAUGUGCUAUGUUUUAGUUUUUUUAAUUGAACAAUAUUUUAUCAGUAUUGCCUUAGCUGAAGCUGUCAUUUAAUAUUUUGUUUUAUAUACUAUAUGUGACAUCCAUCAUGUAAAAUACACUAUUUUGCCCAUACAAAGAUGUAAAGUGAGUUUCAGUUCCAAUAGCAUUUUGACUGUAUUAGUUCUACCUCUUGGACUGAAUUCAUAAAUUUGUAUUUCAGAAUACA